AUGCAUUUGAAAACUGGAUUAAUAUUUUUGAUCAUUUGCCUUGCUCUCCAAGUUCAGGGAAGCAGAGAAAUUCCUAAUAAAAUAAACCAUGCUGAAGCCAAACAUCUUGCAGAUGCCUCAGGGUCAGACAAAACAGAAAGAACAACAAAGAGGUCCAGAGUAUCAACCAUAAGGCGGAUAUUUGACAUGGCAAAACACCGAACAAAGAGGUCAUCCUUUUUCUCAACCGGUGUGAAAGUUUGCCCACAAGAAUCCAUGAAGCAGAUUUUAGCCAGUCACCAAGCUUACUAUAGAUUAAGAGUCUGCCAGGAAGCUGUGUGGGAAGCCUUUCGUAUUUUUCUGGAUCGGAUUCCUGAUACUUCUGAAUAUCAGAACUGGGUUACUGCCUGCCAGAGGGAAACCUUUUGCAUAUUCGACAUUGGCAAAAACUUCAGUAAUUCCCAAGAGCAUCUGGAAAUAAUCCAACGGCGAGUAAAACAUAGAACCUUCCAGGAAAGGAAAGAUGAAAUAUCCGCAGAGAAAAUAGGAGGCAAAAAGGUGGAAGAAAUUCCUUCCAUUUCUACAGGCUCCCCUGGCACUCCUCUCUCUCCAUAUGCACCUAACGGGACGCUGCUCAAUGAAAUCGUUAACGACACGAAGACUCCUGUGAAGGAGCUGGGAACAAAUGCAGUCCCUGAACUCCCUGUGGAGCAAAUGGUUGAAUUCAGUGUAACUCUCACUGAUCAGGAGUACACACCUGAACUUGGUGAUCCCAACUCCCCAGAGUACCAACAACUAGCUGCCAAAUUUCAGCAACAGAUGAAAAGAAUAUUUGAGAAACUACCAGGAUUCAAAGAAAUCCGCGUAUUAGGAUUUAAACAGAAGAAGGAGAAAGAUGGAUCGAGCAGCACUAUAGCACGGUACGUGGUGAACUUUGAGAGAGAUGGCUCAGAAAUCAAAAGCACAGCAGAUGACAUCUCAACUAUUGGAUCUAAUAAGGUUGAAAGUGAAAAAACUCCAGUUUCUCCAGUUGAAGAGAGGGAGAUAUCAGGAACUAAACUCACAGUAACAGACCUGCAGCAACUGGUUGCCACUGCACUCCAUGAAGACCACUCCCUGCCACUGGACCUCGGAACACUUCAGUUUACUGAUGAAUCUAUUAUACCACCUAGUGAUUUUGAUAAUGAUAUCCAAGGCAUGGUCACUAUUCCUCUGGCAGGCCCUGAUUUGGAGGAAUCUGUGAGUGUGGAACUCCCACUAGGUUACCCCAGCCCAGCAACAGUGGACCAAACAGGAGACACCAUGGUUGAUGAACUUACAACUGAAAGCCCUGAUCUAAGUGAAGAGAUCAGCAUCUCUGAAGAAUUCAGUAAUUUUAUUACAUCUGAACCUGAGUUCCCUACCAAACCCUCCAGAGAACCAUUCCCGGACAGAUCUCCUCCACACAGAGUUACUGACCUCCAAAGUUUCACAGUGCCUUUCAGUGCUCUGGGGAGCACUAGCAGUCCUCCAAAAUCAGAGGAUUCCUAUUUGCCUCCUCCAGCAGAUGAUUCUGCUAGCAGUGACUUAAUCACCGAUGGCUAUGAGUCUCCAGUGGAGCAGGCUACCACAAUGGCAACUUAUACCAUGGGUAGCUUUACCCCACCUAGUCUGCAAGCCAGAGAUGAGGAUAGUGAAGAUGAGGAGAAGGCAGAACUGACUGAUAUAGCAGAACCACCUUUCAAGGAAGCUGACCAAGACGUUCCACCUGAACAAGCAGUUAAGAUAAUGGAAGAACCAGAAUCAUCAGGCGAUGAUAUUUUUGUUACAGCCAGCGCUGAUGAAACGUUGCCUUUCUUUAUCGGUCCAAGUGAUCUCUCUACCACGCAGCCUGAAGGUGUUAUUACAGAUGUGCUUUCAUCAGACCAAACAGCACCACUGCCUGCAGCAACCAGCCCAUCCUACAGCCCCUCUGAGAUCAUCGAACAGUCCCUCGAGUUACCAGGUUCCUCAGCACCUACCCCUGUGAGCGCUCCUCCCGAUGGCACCGGGCUGGGAGUGCAGGAUAUCGCUGCCGAGUUGGAUCAGAUGGGCGGGCUGAGCACAGCAGCUCUGGAUGAAGGGGAGCACGGCAGCGGUUACAUCCCAGUGCUGACAACUGAGCCUGCAGAAACCACCCCAGCUCCCACGCUGAAGUAUGUAACUACCAGCUCCAUGACAACUGCAGGCAAAGGCAAAGAGCUAGUGGUUUUCUUCAGCCUGAGGGUAACCAACAUGCACUUUUCUGAUGACCUCUUCAAUAGGAGUUCGACAGAAUACAAAGCACUAGAACAACAGUUCAUGCAAUUGCUACUUCCAUACCUUCAAUCCAACCUUACAGGUUUUAAGCACUUGGAAAUACUCAACUUCAGGAAUGGAAGUGUGAUUGUGAACAGCAAAAUGAAGUUUGCCAGGACAGUGCCAUACAAUAUCACAGAAGCAGUACACUGUGUUUUGGAAGACUUCUGUGAUGCUGCAGCCCAACACCUCAAUUUGGAGAUUGACAGCUAUUCCUUGGAUAUUGAGCCAGCUGAUCAGGCAGACCCAUGCAAAUUCAUGGCAUGUGACAAGUUUUCCGAAUGCAUAAUGAAUGAGUGGACAAAGGAGGCUGACUGCCUUUGUAAACCCGGUUACACCAGCCAAGACGGACUGCCCUGCCGGAGCCUGUGCGAGCUGGAACCGCAUCUUUGUGUCAAUGGCGGGAAAUGUGAGUUAGUCCCAGGAAGAGGAGCUGUCUGCAGAUGCCCCGUACGUAGACAACAACUUUACCAAGGACAGCGCUGUGCCAAAUUUGCUCCAGAACCCACACAACCCUUCACUUUUAAACCUCUCGUUCUUGGCUUAGUAAGCCUUGCUUUUCUUUUCAUCGUUUUAAUUAUUAAGUUAAGAAGAAAAUGCAAAAGAAACUCUAAUUUGCAAAGGCCUGCUCUCAGCAGCUGCAAUUCAGAAAAUGCUGUAAGGAUUAAUCCUGCUUUUGAACACGAUGAACCCAUAUCUAGCUUUUGUCACACGGCUUGCAGUGUAAGUGCUUGUCUCGGUUCCUCAGAGAUCACUGAUCACGAAGCACUACACGAGCUUGAAAACACAAUUCAGCCUGGAGGUAAAAUGCACGAAAAUCCUUCUCUUACCCCUCAGCAAACAGCCCCACCUGAAAUAACAGGUCCAUCUUCACGUAUUAACUCCACAACUAAAUCAAACUUGAAUCUAUUCUCUUGCUUGGCAACUUCAGAACUGAAAAUACUAACAUAUUCAUUGCUUUCCACAUUUACUGCUGUGUAG